CCUCCCCACCCCUUCCCCCCACAUCUCUUAAGAGAUUGGGAGUUGCCCAAGUGAGACAGACCUGCAAAAGAAUCUGGAGAUUCCCAGUAUCCACACUCACCCAUGCAAAGCCACAACUACCAUAAAAAGGCCUCAUGUCCAGUUGAGAAGAUGCUGGAGCUCAGCCAAGGAAAACGUCACAGGUUGCUUUAGGUGACCUAGACGACUCCUCUGAGUCUAUCAAUGGCUGGUUGACAGUGAAAAGCUGGCCUAUCAGGAGAAAAGGGAAGACAGCUCUAAAAGCAAGAAGAGUACUGUAACAGAAAAAAUUACCCCAACAUCGCUGUGGCUCCUGCAAUCAGGACUUGAAAUCUGAGCCCGGUCCCUGAACCGUCCCUUUGACCUUCCCUCCCCCGCAGUGUGUGAACACUGCCCUCAGCAGUCCCUGCCUUGCCUCCGCUGGUUGAAGAGACUUCACGUCCCUGUGCUACCAUAGCAACCAGGAAACAACCUCCGUUCACAAUGAGAAGGAUGGUGCAGUGGCCCAGAUCAGUAUGCGCACGCGGGCCCCGUAACAGAGCAACAGGACAGUGGGACAACAAGGGUGCAGGCGAAGAAGAGAGAGAGAGAGAGGGGUUGCCGGAGGAGGAGACAAUCCAGAGCUUGAGAUCAGUCUGGAUUUUGCGGUUUAUUUUUUUUCUCCCGACAAAGACACACACUGUCUAAACUGUGUGGCUGGUUGUUAUUAAGAAGCUGCUGUACGAAGGAAAAAUGUAUUUCAUAAAAGGCCCAGUGUUUGUGGUCUUCUCGGGCUCACUGCUGAGCUCAGGAAAUCUUGAGGUGUGACCAGUUUUCAGCCUUCAAAACCAAGAUGAACUGCCCUUGAGGAGGGUGGUCAGAAGGGAAACAUGUUCACGCUCUCCCUCUUGAGCCGGGGACAUGGGAAGUUGGUCCAGAACAAACAGAAGCUAGAAGUCUAUUUUGAACCAGAGGAUUACUUGAACUGGAAGUCCCCAGAAGAUUAUGUCCUGGUCAGCAAACCACAGGAGGAGGGCAGUGUCAACCAGCACACCUGGAGCCUCUUUCUCCCUAAAACCUUCAGUACCAGGAAGGGGGCCCUGAUCCUCUACUCGGAGGGUUUAGCCAUAACAGCAUGGACACCAGAGCAGAGGAGGAAAGGCCCCCACCACCCCAUAGGCCGCAGGAGGAAGCCAGGUAUUGAGCUGCACACACUUCAGGACCUCAAAAAAGCCAUCCUGGCCUAUGGAAGGAGACAGAGGGAACAGGACAGAGCCUGGCAGCCGUACCUCCAUUUCCGAAGCCAACCAGAGAGCCAGGGCCAACGGCAGAUGCAGCCUGGGUAUUCAGCCAAGAGAUACCUCCGAGGCCUCUUGCGGACAUGGCCCCCUGACACCAUGUACAGGCUCCAAUGUGCAGGGUACAUCAAGGAUUCUGUGCUGCUCCAGGACAGUCAACUUAAUGUACCAAAGAAUCUCAGGCCACAACAGGAUCUUUCAGGCGUACCCCUAAAAUACCAUCUCCUGCCUGUCUUCCCUCCAUUUUGGAUUCAACAAGGAAAAUCUUUUGAACAAGGGCAGCAGGGCCUGGCUGAAGGGGAAGCUGGGGCUAGCGGACGUGUGGACCAGGGCUCCAGAGCCAAGAGCUACGGCAGUCAGGGGAUUCACUUGCCGCAACUCAGGAAGCAGCCAUGGCAGGAAGCUGAAACCCAGGCAGAGGACACAUCAAUAGAGAAUCACUACCGUAUACACACUUCAAAGGAGAGCCACAGUGAAAACAUACAGCAAACCUCCCGAAGGGCCUCUGGGCAUGCCCACAUCGGCCAUUCUUGGCUCCCGAGUGACAAAUCUCAGAUUACGUUCUAUGGAGGGGCCUUUCCCAACAGAAAGGCAGAUCUCAACGACAGACAAGGGAAUAUAAAACUCCAUAAGGGCCGAAGCAGCCACUUGUUCCCGGAGCCUCCUGCUGAAAGAUGCCUUUUCCCUCCUCUAGCACCUGCUACCGGCUCAGAGAACAACACAGCUGGGGAAGCGAAGAAGAAAAAGGUGCCAAAGGCGUUGACGUUACCCCCUCUCCCAGAGGAACAGCCCAGAGUCCUGGACCCCCUGAGGAGUCCACUUAAAGCCAGUGAAGCUCCAGCAGAGCUCUUCAUCCUCCCUGUGGAGAUUCAUUUCCACACCCAACACCCCCCAAAAGAAAAACCACACCAAAGAGGUGCUCCACACCCUGAGGCAGGACCAGAAACAGAAGAAAAGUCCAGGCCUUUCUGGAAACCUUCCCUGAAGCAUGCAUCCCUAGGAAAGCCAAGGGAGUUAACCGUGCGUCUCCCAGCGGGCACAGGCAGGGACAUGCUCUCACGUCAAGAUGAUGAUGGCCCACCCCAGAAUGUGACCCCACCACUGUCCCUGAUUAAAGAAAGAAAAAGUCCAGAGAGCCGGAGGGGCCUGGACAGCCCCAGGACAUCAAGCUACAGCAGCUCCAUGGGUCCCUUGGAUAUGAGAAGGCCCAGGGGGGCACUCCCAGCAGAAGGACAAGAAGAUUCCAGAGACCCCACACUGGGACACUUCUCGCCAGGUCCAGAUGAACAAAACAUCUGCCUGUUCCUCCCCGGGCCUACUGAAACCAAGGAGCCUCUUUCAGGUAAAGCCUAUGACUCUGUCCAUUCAAAUACCAGCCAUGAAGAGGAGGGGUCUAGAAUUCAACGUCCCCUAAAAGCAAACACUGAAUCCAGAACCUAUCUUCUCACGAAUCUUCAUGAAGCCUCACCUUUGACCCAAAAACCAGAGAACCAGGGAGCCCAGCAGUCCUUGGAGGCAGCAGCUCAGAAGACAGGAGAGCCUCAAAGUUGUAUAAAUAAAGGGCUGAUAUGUUCAAACAGAAAAGAAUUUUACACGCGCAAGCUGCACAUCGACAUGACGCCGUUCCUGAAGGAAAAUGGAGAUGAGCUAGACGAUCAUGAAGAACCAGGAGAACCCCUCGGAGAGAAUCAUCAAGACGACCAAGACCACGAGCUGAGGAGUAUGAUCCCUGACCCUCUAAGAGCUUCCCUGGCUGACCAUGACCCUGAUGCAGAUACUGUCCGAAAGACGGGCAGAGACUAUGAUGUACGCCAUCUGCCCGGGACACUCCCAGGACACGAGUCCCCAGACAGGCUGGGUCCUGUAGAUGCCUCUCUUCUUCCAAGAGGAUCGGAGGGGAGGACCGAAGCGAGACUGUUCGACCAGCAGGCUCUAGGCGACCUCAGCGAGAUGGAGUUGAUUGGCAAAGCCAAGAGAAAGAAAAGAACCAGGACAGACAAGUCCAAGGCGCCCAAGGGGAGGAAAGAAGGAAAGGUCCACAGGGAAGCAGAGGCCACUGUUGGAAAAUCAAAGGAAGCAAAGGCUGAAAAGAAAUCAGAAUUAAUUCCUAAAGAAAAAAAACCAAGAGCCAAAAGGAAAAGUACACAGAAGGAAAGGAAUCUGGAUGUAGCAGAGCUGAGUGGGCCUGAUGUCAUUAACUCUAAGGAAACAGAAGACACUACUGAGAGAGGUUUCUCCCCUGCAGAGUCUGUGGUAGAGGACCCUGGGCUCUCCCACGAAUAUGAUGCUCAGGAGAGCCAAGUGUCCAUAGACAGAAGAUCAUCACCUGCCCAGACCGCACCUGCCAACAGGGGAUCUCAAGAAGAACGAAGUUACGAGGACCCUUCCAAAAACAUUCUGGUUCCUCAGGCCAAGAGGGAGCGAGAGGGAGCUUCCCGGGACAGGCUGCGAGCGGAGAGGGCCGCGAUGAGGCACGCAGAGGUGGAGAGGAAGAGAAGGGAACAGGCGGAGCAGCAGCGGCUCCUGGAGGAGCAGCUGGAGAGAGCAGAGAAGAUGCAGGAGGAGCUGGAGCUGGAGCAGCGCGCCCGCGCGGAGGAGAAGCGCCUGAGGAAACAGAGACUCGAAGAAGAACAGCAGCGGCGGGAGGAAGAGGAGAGGAAGCAACAACUCCAGUUGCAGGUGGCCCGGGAGAGGGCCCGGCGGCAGCAGGAGGAGUUCCGGAGGAAACUUCGAGAACUGCAGAGAAGAAAGCAGCAGGAGGAAGCCGAGCGGGCGGAGGCUGAGAAGCAAAGGCAGAAGGAACUGGAAAUGCAGUUAGCAGAGGAAGAAAAACGCCUGCUGGAAAUGGCUGAAGAAGAACGGCUGGAGCACCUGCGGAGGAAACAGGAGGCCGAGGAGAAGGCUCGGCUCGAAGCGGAGGAGAGAAGGCAGCGGGAAGAGGAGGCAGCACGGCUGGCCCUGCAGGAAGCCAUGACGCGAGCACAGGAGGAAGCCAGGCAAAAAGCUGCUUUGGAGAAACAUCUUCAUUUCCAUCAAGAACUCUGUAAGGAAGCCAGUGCCCUACAGUGGACACAUAACAUUUCCAGAUCGUGGGUCUACUCUUAUUUCCAGUUCCUACAAAUACCCAGACCUUAAGACUAGAAGAAAACCAAAAAGGAUGGAAGAUCUUUACAAGCAAGAUACACAGAAGGAUGUUAAAGCCAGCAGUAGCUGAAUCUGAACUUUCCCACAAAUUUCCUUUGGCCCUCCUCUGUGCUUCACUGUCCGCAGCUGAAAAGCUUAGUAUUUGCAGAUAAUUCCCUCAGAUUUCUCACCAGUGCUUGUGAAGUAUUUGCUCUCUACAGGAACUGUACUUCUACAAUCCAGAAGUCAAGUUUAAUUGUGAUUCUGUAUUGCUGUUAUUGAACUUGUUUAGGUUUGAUGCUUAUUUUUAACUUCUUGCUUUAUGUAAAACAGAAAUAAAAUGGCCAAAACACUGGCAAUCAGUCACAGUGAUUUUAAAUAUGUCACAAACUUUCUUACAAUUGUCCAUCCUACUAGCACAGUCAUUCAUCAAGUCACUCAGUGGUGCAUGAGCAGGUGAGAAAGGAGCGUGUCAAAUACUACAGAACAGGCACUCAAGGAAAACAUCCUUGUGGGGGCAGUUACCAUUACCGACUUGAUCGGCUCCCUUCUACAGAUUUAGGGUGCUGCGGUCAACCACCAGAUGGAGCGGCUACACGAAAUGUUACUGAAGGUUCCUUUCCCAAUCUGAUGUCCUAUAAAAUCGUUGCUGUGAAAGUUCUAUUUUACCAGCUCUGCUACACCAGAGAAGCACAUUUUAGUAAGUUAAACCAUAGCAGAAUGCAAUGUGUUUUGAAGAAUUCAAUAAACUAAAAAAGAUGAUUUCCCCAGUAGCUACGCUCCACCACCUAAAUGCUAAGAACUUUCAGAGAUCCAAACGAAAUUAAGAUACCAAACUGCAUACUCACACAUUUUGAAUAGCUCAAGUAGCCUGUCGAGUUUGUCACUCAGGCCUGACAGAAAUGUGCAUUUAGGAUUUUCCAGAAAUGGACCCAGUCCUAGUUGCUAUUUACUAUAAUAAAUGCCAGGUAACAGUCUGAAAGCUCUAAUUUACCAAAACUAUACAUGUACAAUACAAAUAAUCUUUCGGUUAGGGUCAGACAUAGAAAGUUAUAAGGCAAGCCAAUUAUUUUUCAACAGGUGACUUGAGUAGGUAUUUAAGCUCUAACAGUUUACAAAAUCAGAGAGAGGUUUUUAUUUGCUCUUCUAAAGUAUCAGAUGACAUUCUACCUGGGAUAACAGGAAAUUAGAUUCUGUGUACGCAUACACACAUAUACUAAACUCUGAUUUGAAGAGUUAAAAGGUUAAGCCCUCUAAUAGGAACCAAUUUGAUACUUUAACUUUACACAAGUUUAAAUAUUUAAGAUAUAAAGAAAUAAAAAGCAAAUAAAAACAAAGUAUACCAAACCUUAACUGAGCAGAGAACAUUCUGUAAAUUAUUAAAGGAAAAACUUAAAAUUACCGAUAUGAAUCAAUUAAGAAUUUUUGGCAUGCCCAUUUAUUCAACAUGAUUGGGAACUAUAUCAUAGAUAUGCACCAUACAGGAAUAUCCAGUUAAAAAAAAAAAAAAAAAACCCAGAACACUGAGUAU